AUGGGUGGAUCUGGGAUCAACACCCAUAAACCGGACCAGGACCAGAAAAGACCAAGACUGCAGUCUUUUUCGGUCUUUGGACCGGUCUUGGUCCAAACUGGUUACAACCAGUUCAAGACCGGUUUUUCAGCUAAAUAUGCCAUAACCUUUGCAAUUCUUCUAAACGAGUGCAAGAACUGCCCUAAAGCGAAGGUCAUAGUCGUCCAUGAUAGCAACUGGUGCUCUGCAAUUCAAGAUUCCGAUAUCGAUUGGACGAGUACAGCCCAAGACCUUCCACGUCGGAUACAAGAGGCAUUUUAUGAUGUUGAGAAGGACAAUGGUACCGUCUACCUAGAAGAGAAAGCAAGGCUAUCUCAAGACCUCAUAACAUCAUCUGGUGUCUCUGUCAGAGCAGAGGUCGAAGAUCAAUCUCUACUCCAACGUCGAAAAUCACGGCGUUCACAACUUAUCCAUCCCUUUGAGACAUCCCCGUCUGACGUGGAGAUUGAUUCCGCUCGGUCGCCCAAGAAAACAGUUAAUGGGGAUAUCAAAUCCCACACAUGUCGUGGUUCUGGCAAACUUGAAACCUUUGGCGGGAAAGCUUGCAAUGCUUCCCACAGGAGCAAGCUUCAAUGUGAAGGCACCGCACCAUGCACCAACUGCUUUUAUGCCUCCAAGAAGUGUACUUUCACUGACGGAGCGGAUCCUCCUGUCCUCACACGCCCUCUUCAUAAACCAGAAUCUGCUUCGCCAUCUAACAAUCCUUCUCAGCCUUCUCAGUUGUCUUCGGCGAGAGAACGUCUGCUCUUUUCACUGCCAUACCAAAGACCAAAUAGGAAUCUACCAAUUCCUCCAUCUUUAUCUCAACCAGACCACGGGGACCACCAUAACGACGCAGAGCGCAAGCGCAAAGGCCCUGUGAGAGGUAGACUUGGUUCCUCUGCGGCUCCCGAGUCAUUCACCCAACCCCACAAAACCAACUUCCCCCCUGUUACUUCUAUUUGGGACGACAGAAACCCUCUCUCACCCCUAGCUGUAGUCAUUGCCCUAAUCACCCACAUUAUUGUAUCUAAUCCCAUGCCAUAA